GUCAACAACUUUUAUUAUCCACGUAAAAGUAGAGGUUUGAGGGUUUAUUUAAAGACUACUGGAGCACGAAUAACACUUCCAUGGAGUUCAGCUGAAUUGAUUUACUUUUCACGCACCAAUGAAAAAAAGUGGGUGACCUUCAGAGAGUCAGGAGACUCCGGGUUUGUUUAAAAAGGUCGACUCCUUUCUGGCUUGUGGUAAUUUCGUGCUGAGCUUCAGGAGAAACAACGUCACGAUGCUGACUUUAUUCCAGCGGAUCAUUUUGCUUUUUUUGGCACACGUUUGCUUAGUUUCUGGAGAAAAGAUUUUCCAUCUUCGGGAUCAUUCAGAUGUUCUUCAUUCGGCCAGUGCCCCUCUUUUUCUGUCCAGGUAUGGGUUCCUCAAACCGGUUAACUGGGAGGAGAUGCAGCCGGAGGACCCAGAAACUCUGAUCAGUGAAGAUUUUCCGGAGGAUUUCCAAGAAACGAUACAAGAAGGGGCCACCUCACCCCAUUCAAGGGAUGUCACUCAAAGGAUGGAUGCGGAUGGCCAAACUGAGAGCCAAGUAUUUACUUCAGCACUUAAAGAAUUCCAGAGACUCUCAGGUCUUCCUGUCACUGGACUGUUUGAUGAGGCAACCAAAGCUGCCAUGAACAAGCCACGAUGUGGCGUCCCGGACAAAGAGGAGGACUUGAACGGCCUCAUUUCACCUGACAAGGGCGGUGACUCAGACAAUAAAAUUAAUCCCGAUAAGAGUUUUAAUGAGAGUAAAGGCAAUGACACAGCAAUGGACAUGAAACGUGCCCCGACUAAUACCUCUGAAGAUGACACAUUGAGCUUCAAUGACACAGAGAGUUCUUUUUAUAGCAUUUAUAAUGACACAAACAUGGAUAAUUUCACCACUUUAGACAACUCUUCUGACCCCAGUAUAGGUGGUCAAAUGAGUUUAAAUGACAGUGAAUCAAUGAGACAAAGAAAGCAGCAUCCUGCUUCUAUUGUGUCCAAAAGUCGUCGGAAGAGAAGCUUGAGAGAAACUGGACAUGUGGCCUUUUCCAAGAGACUGUUGAGGUGGAGGCUCAUCGGAGAAGGCUACAGCAGUCAGCUGACCGUUGAGGAGCAGAGGUACGUCUUCAGGCUGGCCUUCAGGAUGUGGAGUGAGGUGUCGCCACUGGAGUUUGUGGAGGACACUCGGUCCCCGUUGGAGGAAAUCGACAUCAAGCUGGGCUUUGGAACAGGAAGGCAUCUGGGGUGUAAUCAGAAGUUUGAUGGCACCGGCCAAGAGUUUGCUCAUGCCUGGUUCCUUGGUGAUAUACACUUUGAUGAUGAUGAGCAUUUUACUGCCCCUAAUGCUGGCAAUGGCAUCAGCCUCCUCAAGGUUGCAGUUCAUGAGAUUGGCCACGUUUUGGGGUUACCUCACAUCUACAGACCUGGGUCUAUAAUGCAGCCCAGCUAUCUACCCCAAGAAUCAGGGUUUGAAAUGGACUGGACUGACAGAAAAGCCAUUCAGCAUCUCUACGGAGGCUGUAAGGGUCGGUUCAACACUGUGUUCGACUGGAUCAGAAAAGAGAAGACGCCUCAUGGGAAAGUGCUAAUCCGCUUCAACACAUACUUCAUGAGAGAUGGCUGGUACUGGCUGUACGAGAACAGAAACAACAGAACCCGCUAUGGCGACCCGGUCCCUCUGCCGGUCGGCUGGCAUGGGCUCCCCAAGGAUGGCGUGGACGCGCAUGUGCAUGUGUGGUCCAGAAAAAAAGAUGCUGUGUACUUCUUUAAAGGUACUCAGUUCUGGAGGUACGAUAACGACAACGACCAGGUGCUCAGAGAGGACUCUGAUGGUCGUCAAUAUCCAAGAUCAAUUUCAGAAUUUUUCGCUGGUGUUCCCAGCCCUGUCGACACCGCCUUCUACGACAGGAGGGAUUCGCACAUCUACUUCUUCAAAAACACUCUAGUGUAUGCUUUCAAUGUGGACGCCAACAGCUUGGCAAGAGGCUUCCCCAAAAACAUCAGAGAUGUUUUCCCUCCUUUGGAGAAUGGAGAUCAUCCAGAUGGCAACAUUGAUGCUGCCUACUUCUCCUACACCCACAACACAGUCUUUCUACUCAAGGACACGCGUUUUUGGCAAGUGGUGGGCAGCCGCGAUCGUUGGCGCCGGCCCUAUCUGCCUCGAAAUGGCCUCCUGCCACACAAGGAGGUGGAUGAGCGCUGGUUUGACAUCUGUGAUGUUCAUCCUACUGCACUGAAACUAACCCGCUGAAGCCAGGGUGCUGCAAAUUUAGACAUGGUUAUUCACACUGAGCUGUAUUUGAAACAAAUCCAAUUUCUGCCUUUUUUAUGUUGAUGCUGCAGUUUGUUUGAAAGACAAAAACAACUUUGUUUGCAAUUUUGAUUAGCUUAGUAUUUUAAUAGCUGCUCAAUUUUCUGUCUUUUUAGAUGAGGUAAAUGGUAGAUGUUUAUUCCUGAAAUACAUUGACAUAUUACUAUUAUGAGUGAGUACCGGUAGAUAUAUUUACUCUAGAAUAAUUUAAAUUUAAGAGCAGACAGUGUUCUUUUGCAGAGUAGUGUUAAGGUUUAGAUCUUUGUUGCAGAUUCUUGAGAGAUAAAACCUUAAGCCUGUAUUUCUUGAUCAAGUUGAAAUGUUUUAUAAUCCAUUAUUUUUUCAUCUGAAAAUGUUUCCUGACGAUGUGAGGCCUAGAUCUGAUUAUUAAAAAGAGUCCUAUCAUUUUAGUUUAUCCUCCUGACUAACUGCAAUGCAAAUGUUUCCUCUGUAGAGGACAUUUCUAAACCACCACUAGAUUAACUCAUUUUGGUAUCUACAGAAGACAUUGAAAAGCCAAAUGUUAAUUGUAGUUUUCAACUGUAGUUUGUUUGUUUUUGGUGGAUGUUGACUGGACAAAAUUUUUUUUCUCUAGUAUUCAGGAGGAUAUGUAAAAAAAAAAUCCCUUAUCAGUAACUGCUGUGAAAGCCCAAACCAUGAUUAGACUACUUCUGUGCUUAACAGUUAGCUUUUUUUUUUUCAAUCUUGAAUGUCGGUGUUAUAACUUAUUUUGCAGACCUACUUUUCUGAAUAAAUUAAUGCAUUCUAAAAGAUUGCUUUUCUACCAUAUAAUUUGCAAAAACGUAUUGAUUUGCCAUCCCACAAAUUCUUAUGCUUUUCCUAAGUCAUUGUCAAAACCUGGAACAUUUUCUAACCUCGGUUUCUUGAGUAAUUGAGGACCUGAUCCUUAGGAAUAUGAAGACAUUUUUUUUUAUUUUCAAUUUAUAACGUUUUGUUUGUUGUCUGCUAUUUAGAUUUCUGAUUGCAGUAGAUUGAAGCGUCUGAAAAACAUAUAUGAAUUUGCAGUUUCCAAACUUUACCAUGAUGUGUUUUUUUCUUUCUGAUUAUUCUUGCAGUGUAAUAAAAACAUUCACCAAA